AUGAGCGACCAGCCUGGUCACGCCGCCGCGGCGGCGCCGUCCACGGGCCGCAUAUCGAAGAAGAGGCCCAAGGAGCUGUAUCCCAUGGUGCCGUGGAAAUACGACCUCUUCCUCUGGGUAAUGGGCGUGCUGGUCGACCUCUUCUUCCGCGAGGUCCACCCCCGAGGCACGUGGAAGGUUCCGCGGACCGGUCCCGUGCUCUUCGUCGCCGCACCGCAUGCCAACCAGUUCGUCGACGCCCUCGUCCUUUACCGAACCCUACGCAACGAGGCCGGCCGCCGCGUGAGCCUGCUUAUCGCCCAGAAAUCAGUUCACGGCUUCAUCGGCUGGGGCUCGCGCCAGGUCGGUUCCGUGCCUGUCGGCCGACCUCAGGAUGCCGCGAAGCCUGGCUCCGGCACCAUCUACCUGCCCGACCCCGACAACGACCCGACGCUGAUUCGCGGCGUCGGCACAAAGUUUGGCGAGGGCGAGGGCGAGGUCGGCGGCAUGCUGUUCCUGCCCUCGACCAAGGGCCACACGGGCGCCAGCAUUGACAUUGCCGAGAUCAUCAGCCCCGAAGAGAUCCGCAUCAAGCGCGCGUUCAAGGGCAAGAUUCCCAUGCGCCAGCUCACGGGCCGUGACGACGGUGCCGGCAGCGGCCUCUCGGAGGAGUUUCAGGGCACAAAGUACAAGCUCGCGCCCAAGGUCGACCAGACCAAGGUGUACGAGGCCGUCUUCAACCGCCUGGGACACGGCGGCUGCGUCGGCAUCUUCCCCGAGGGCGGCAGCCACGACAGGACGGAGCUCCUGCCGCUCAAGGCCGGCCUCGCCAUCAUGGCGCUGGGCGCCCUCGCCGAGGACCCCGACAUUGGGCUCAAGAUUGUGCCGGUCGGCAUGAACUACUUCCACGCGCACAAGUUCCGGUCGCGGGCUGUCAUUGAGUUUGGCGCGCCGUACGAGAUCCCGAAGCGCAUCGUCGACAUGUACCGCAACAACCAGAGGCGCGAGGCGAUUGGCGAGCUCCUCGACACGACGCACCAGAUUCUCAGCGCCGUCACCGUCUCGACACCCGACUACGACACGCUCAUGCUCAUCCAGGCGGCGCGGCGGCUCUACAACCCCACGGGCAAGAAGCUGCCGCUGCCGGUGGUCAUUGAGCUCAACCGGCGGCUGGCGCUGGGCUACGAGCGGUACAAGGAUGACGAGCGCAUCGUGCACCUGUCCAAGGCGGUCAAGGAGUACAACCGGCAGCUGCGCUACGUCAACCUGCGCGACCACCAGGUGCAGUACGGCAAAAUGUCGACGCCCAAGGUCAUUCUU